AUGUUCGAGGCCCACGCAUAUCUCUUGACAUUGUUUCCUAAAACAAGACCAAUGAAACGUCACAGAAGGAACUACCACGCCUCACCGCAAAGAUAUGAUUCGACCUGGAUCACGAACCCCUUUUUCAAAAAGGAUCCAUCAUACUCAAUCCAGUUAAUAUUGGCUGCGGGGCGAACCGACAUGAUGAUCAAACUUUCAUAUACUAAAGGGACAUGA